AUCUGAGCCACCAGGGAACUUAGAAGGUCCCCAAUAAGAUUUUCUUUCAUUAUUUCAAAAGCCAGAAAAAAUUCAGAAGCAAAGUCAGUUAAGGGUGUCACUAUCAUUUCCAGAUUGGCACAUAGUAGACGCUCAAUAAAGACAAAUAGUAGCUAGAACCUUUAUAGCACUUACUAUGUACCAAGCCCUGUUCUGAUCCAGUACCUAGCUCAAUCCUCUCAACAAUUCUAAUGUAGGCAUUGGAGCGCCAUUUCCCACACGAGGAAAACAGGCACAGAGAAGUAAAGGGGCUUCUCAGUGUGGCCCAGCUGAAAAGUGGUGGAGCUGGGAUUCCAACCAGCAUCCUGGCAGGUUCCAGAAGGAACAAUCAGCUGACACCAUGGAAAGAGUGCCAAUUUUGGCAGCAAACAGAUGUGGGCUGACAUAACAGCUCCACACAAGGGGACCUGGACUUUUCCUUCUCUGAGCUUCAGUUUCCUCAUCUGUAAAAUAAAAGUUGUCUUGAGUAAUGAAAUAAUGGCCAUGAAGGGCCUGCUUUGGCUUCUGCCCUACGGCAGGAACUCAGUAAGCAGGUGUCCGUGUCUCCUUCCUCAUCUCCUGAGACUCAUGGAAGGACACGGGGCUUAGAGGGUGGAGCAGAGACCUGGGGCCCUUGUCCCGACUGCCACUCACCAGCUACUGGAUGUGGGCCAGGCCCAGGCAUUUGGUGGAGUGGGUCCACAGGCAGAGCUGAGAGCCUCUCAGUGGGCUUGGGAGCGCCCUCCUCCAGGGAAGCCUGUCCUACCCCAGGACCCCAGUGAAAAGGGACCACUUGUAGGGCUCAGGGCAGGGGACUGGCUGCUCCAUCACGGGUUUCCCACCCCACACAGCGAACUGCAGCCCUUGCUGCUGCUCACGCCGAGGGGCCUGCCUCUCAGCCUUCCUGAUGCUCCUGCUGACCACUCUUGCAGCUCUGAUCGCCCUGGUCGCCAUCCUUGGACCCCCACCUCGCACACCAGGUCAGGGUGGGCAAGAGAGAGUGGGUCAGACUUGUUGGGAGGGUAGAGGGAACACAGAGCUAUGGGGGAAACUGAUCCUGCCUGGCUUCUCCACAGAGUGACUUCUGAACAGUCCCUUAGGGUGCAUGUACAGACACACACUGACUCUGACAAGCACACACCCCUGAGCUUCCAUCUGCACAUCUGUAGCCUGAGCUGUUGAAGUGGACCCAGCUAUGAUGCCACCUCCUCCAGGAAGCCUUCCCCUGCCUGCCUUGUUUAGGAGCCUUGUUUCAGCUCCCAUUGCUCUCACACUUCCUCUCCCCCCAAGCCCAAUCACCCAGAGUGGUGGUGUCCUUCUGUGUGUCUGUCUUGACCACAAAGGACAGGGACCUGUCCAGUACAUCCCUGAGGCCAGGCAGGCUUCAGCAGUGAGCCCAACACCAAACAUGACCUUGUGGAGCUAAUAGUUUGCAGAGUGACACGGAGGUUAACACAAUAAGCACUUUAAGGCAGGCUUAGUGGGAGCUCUGAGAGUCUGGGAUGGGGCUCUGGCCAGUUCAGGGAUCAGGAUGGGCACCUUGAGAAGUGAACGGCACUGAAGCAUGAAGGGAAAGCGGGGUUGGUUGGUGGAGGGAGUGGCGGGAAAAGCAUCCAGGCACAGGAAACAGCAUGUGUGGGGUGGAAGGAAAUAUGAAGAGAAGGUCAGUGGGCUUGAUGGACAGGGCAGCGGGUAGGGCCAGGGGCCCAGGGCCCAGUGCCUCGAAAGCUGCACUGGGGAAGGAGGUCACCAUCUAGAGAGCCAUGGGAAGGAAUUAGCUGGAGGUGGGAUGUCACCAGACCUACCUUUCUGAGAGAUGUCUCUGUUGCCUAGCAGGAGGUGCUAAGGGAACACAGUGAGAAUAGGGGUAGAAUCCACGGUACCCUCGUGCCCGUGCAUGGACACUGCGGGUAGAUGUGAACACAGGAAGAGCUGCCUCCAUGCAUGUACCUGAGUGUCUGUGUGUACAUGUGUGCAAGCAUCUGUGUGCAUGCACGUGUUUGUAUGUGCAGGUACAUAUCUGUGUGUUUGCCCUUGUGUGUGCAUGUCUGUGUUUGUGCAAGUGUGUCCAAGCGUGUAUGUCUGUGGGCUGUUGUGUGUGUGUGACAAUGUGUCUCUGAGAGCCAGCCCCCUCACACUAGCUGAGGCAGUUCCAGGAGAUGAGCUGUGAUUCACAUGCGCACAGACCCACAUAAACUCACCCCUACCUCCAACCCACACACACGUGUGUCUGCGUGCACAACCUGCAGAACUGGACCUCCAGGCUCCUCUGUCAGUUUCUCUCCCCUAAUUCUUUGGAGCAGCCCCAGGGCUGGGUGCUCCAUGCAGUGGGACAGAGGGAAGACUCUCAGAGGGAAGACUCUUAGAGGGACAGACACUCAGACGGUCCCCACCACUUCUGGGCACUGCGGAGGCAGCCCUACCUCAGGAAAGAGAGAGGCAGCAGCCUGGUUAUUAGCUGUGUUGCCAGGCCUCUCAAACCUCACCGAGUCUUACUUUUCUCAGCUGUAAAAUGGGGCUAGUGACAGCAUGUCACAGGAGGGUUCAGGGAAACAAUAGAAUAAAAAUGUGAAGGUGUUUGCAGCCUGUACAGCUGUCCCAGAUAUAAGGACUGUGGCAUAACGGUCACUAGCUGGCCCCAGGAUGUUGCCUCUGACACCCUACCUGCACCAGGAGCCCUGCCAUGAAAACUCCAUCACUGGCUUGAGGCCUGUCCUGAGGAGCUUCUUGUGAGAUGGUUGUUCGAUAGACAUGGGAACCAUGACUUUCUCUGCACUCUCUCCAGGCUUAUUCACAGAGACUUUUGUGUAAUCUCCCCAGCAGUCCCACAGGGUGUGUGUUAUGCUCCCCACUUUGGAGACAAGGAACCUGAGGCACAGAGAGAUCAGGUCACCUGCCCAUGGUCACACAGCUGGCAAGCGGUUGAACUGGGGCUUGCACGCUAUCUUCAAUGCAGAGCUCAGGGUCCUCCCUGUGGCCCCAGCCCCUCGCUCCAGCUCAGGUGGGGCUCAGUGGGGAGAACUUGGUGAUGCCCUUGUGAACACCACCCUUGACCCUUCCGGGGCUGGCCCCGCCCACUCAGGGGCCCAGGCCUGUGUGACGCAGACAAACAGGACAGGCUUCCUGUGCGAUGACCGGAGCAGCUGCAUCCCAGCCAGCAGGGUCUGUGACGGCGUUCGCACCUGUGCCCGCGGCGAGGACGAGGAGCAGGCCUUGUGCCGAGCUGUGCCCCAGAGCCUCCCUGGCUUUCUCGUGGCUCACUGUGGAGACCCUGCUUCCUGGAUCUACUCAGACCAAAUGUGUGAUGGGAUCAACAACUGUGGGGACUGCUCAGAUGAACUGAGCCCAGGGACUACCUGCCCGCCCUGCGGCCCUGGGUGGUGGCGCUGCCCCUCGACUGUCUUCAGAUACUGCAGCUGUAUCCCCAGGAGCCUCUGCCGGGAUCGUGUGCAGCAUUGCUCUGACUGGUCUGACGAGUACUCCUGUCCUGGCCCUGACUGAAUCACCCAGGCCAGAGAGGGCUGCCGGCUGGAAUGGUGCUGCUAACCCUUCACAUGCGCCAUGAAUCCAAGGGCAGAAAGGAGUCUUUGAGAUCACAUAGAGGAAUCUGCACACCACUGUCUCUGAAUAGGAAUUGCCUCUCCUGCUUUCAAGUUUUUCGUCCUCUGCUAGGAUUCUUCCAGGGAUGGGGGGCCCAUUACCACGUUAGGCAGCUCCUAACAAAGAUGAGGGAAACCUGCUUCCAUGAUUUGCAGCCCGCCUCUGGCGACACACAGAGGAAAUCUGCUCCUUUGCUCCAAGACACGCUUAUAGAUCCUGACCUUGUCACUCCUUGGAGGAAAAAUAAGUUUGGGGCUUGAACACCAAGCUGAGAAGUUUAGCCCUUCUGGAUGGCACAUAUACGGUACAUAAUGCCACUUCCUGCUGCUUUGGUACCUAAGGCAGAUAUUGCUAGGUUUGGAUACAGCCUCAGUGUUUUUCCCAGCUCAAUAAUCUAGUGGGGCCCACUAAUGGAUCACAUGAGAUGUACAUGAGACGGGGUACUUGUCGCCCUGCUACAAGAAAGCCACCCCAGGAGGCUCUGAACUGUAGCAAGAACAGCCUGAGGAACCCCUCCUCAACCCCUUCCAUCCCCUCUCCUCUGGACCACUUCCACUCUCACCCCAAGACCACAUGCCCAACCAAAGAGCCCAGGUUCCUUCAAGUUGGGAUUGUAUUUCAAUCCCAAAGCCUGAGUGAACCAGCUGUUUCUUGGCAUACAUUCCGGUUUUACAACACCCAGGCAGGCAAGGAUGAAUAUAUCCAUUAAACAGAUGAGGAAACUGUGGCCCCCAGGAUCGUACAGCAAAGUCAGGCUCAGAAGUGGGACUCAAACACGGUCCAUGGUGUCCCAACCCCAAAGUCGUUUCUGCUACCAAUGUGACCCUAUCUUGGCCGGGGUGGAGGCAGAGUCUCUGGGUUAUUAAAAAUGUAGCUUGAGGGUCAGAAAGUGUCCCACCCUUAUACUGAAAGAUGGACUUGGAAUCUGGCUAAUAAGAGGGUUCCUGUUGAUGGAGACAGACAUAUCCCUGUUGGAAAUUAAUAUAAUCAAUUCUAUGUAGUCUUCUGUGAGAUUUGAAUUAAAAAUGGACAUCUGAGAGA